GCGUUCGAUGCCACCAAUAACGCUUUUGUGCUGGAUACACGGGCGAAGCAACUGGCCGUGCAUGGUGGUGAAGUGAUUGAGAAUUGGGACCAGGAGCUACAGGGUCUGAGAGACUCACAAACAGAAACACGUGUGAUCGAGGCGGAGAACUACCUGAACGAGUUUAUUGCGUACGUCAAGGGGAUACAGAACCAGAUCAAACAGCGGAAUCAGGUCCUGGAGGAGCUUAACUAUUACAAGGGAAAGAAAGAGGAGCUCGAG